AUUGAUUUCAUUGUAGCCUUACUCGGUUGCUUUUUAGCAGGUAUGGUAGCUGUUCCCAUCAAUGCCGCUGAAGAACUCUCUGAACUUUGGUUUAUUUUACGUGUAUCCAAGGUUCACUUGAUCUUGACCACAGAUAAUAACCUUAAAACACUCACCAAAAACAUGAAACUACGUAACCUGGAUUUCCCCAAAGAUUUGGAUUGGUGGCCUACAAACGAUUUCGGCUCCUUGUACACACAUCAACUCAAAUCAGGUAAAUAUAGUCCCAUGCGCUCAACACCACUGGCUUAUAUCGAAUAUACCAAAUCCAUGAAUGGUGAACUCAAGGGUAUCGCUGUCUCUCAUCAAACCAUCAUGAGUCAAUGUCACUCAUUUACAGCAGCUACCACAGACACCGUCGUUUUUUCUUCACCUGCAGAAGAUGGAUCCACUACUACAUCUGUACUACCAAACUGGGAUACACAAGGUGCUGACACCCUCUUGACUUAUAUUGAACCACGUCAGCAAGUCGGUCUUAACAUCUCCAUCCUAUGUUCCAUUUACAGCGGAAGUCAUACUACAGUG